CAGGUUUGUUCGGAUUUCCGUUCAUUUUCUUAGCAGUUGGGACCGCGCCCAAUCAUAGUUUUGUAAUGUUAGUUCCUCGUAUCUACCGCAACCAAUCAUCAACUUGUAUUUUUUAUAUGACACACAUGAUAUAUGAGCAUCAUACUUAUUAUUCUCGCAUCGUCAGUGAAACAAACCAGUAUACUGGUAACCGACAACGUUAACACACGUGCGCUUCAUUCAAGUAGACCGAUUGCAAUGAUGAAUUUUAAAAGUACAGUGACCAUAUUAGCAACCGUCGCCUUCAUCGGCGUUAAUCACGCCGCCAACGGUCUAUCGUGCUACUCAUGCAUAGGCGUUGUGUUAUCCUUGGACUCAUGUUUGAAUAACUUUGAAAAUUUCAAAGAAGACUGCCCAACGACAUUAGUAAACCCAAGAUGUCAUGUAACACGUGUUGACGUUGAUGGCGAAGUAGAGGCAAUUUUUCGUGGAUGCGUGGAAUAUUCAACCUGUGUGAAUGGAUGUAGAAGUACAGACGAUUUGGACGACAACUUGGGUCUAGAUCUCAAUGGCGAGGCUUGCAAUGAUUGCUGUGACACGGACUACUGCAAUACUGGAAACGGUGCGAUCACUCAAACAUUGGGUACCAUCAUGUAUCUGGUUUUGGCUGCCAAGGUACUCAACACAGUCAUUGUAUUAUAUUAG